AACCAUAUUGCACUUGCAGGUAUCUAGCUUAUGGCAUAUGUAUACCUUUUGAUUUAGGCCUGAGUGAUUCACGUGAUAUCUACACUAUUUUACAACGCCGCCUUGCUACCGUUAACUAGCCAUCAUAAUAUUAUCAUGAGUUUGGACUUUCAAUAACGUUAGCUAGAAGACAGCGGUGGCUGUGAUCACGAUUACAAAGAAACCACAUGAAUUCCUAUUUUAUUGACUAAUUUGUUUCGCUAUUGUCGCUGUUGCUUGCUAGUACAAUUGAAGUUCGAUAACGACGAAGACGACACUGACCAUUUCAGCAUGUAGCUGUAUUUUAACGUCGUCACUUCAUUAUCCGUUUGAUUAAAACGGCUCAAAUUCAACUGUUAUACGGGCAUCAAAUAACCCUGAUUUAUAUUCGAGUGAUGACCUUGAAAUUGUAACCUCGAUAACCUAGGAAUUCUGAACAAACUGCCCAGGUUAGUUCUUAGAAAUGGAUGCGUGUGUGAGUAAGCACGUAGACAUUUUAGCUAGCUGUAUGUUUUCACUUCAGGCAGUCUUCACUGACUGAGGUACAACAGUCUACAGGUACUGUAAAUGAAAGUGUACGCUAAAUCACCUUGUUAAAGACAUGUCCGCACUUGCUUGGUUUUUAUGACGGCAACGCCUGUAAUGAGCGCAUGUCAAAAUUUGUUUUGUGAAUGAUCUCUUGCUGGAUGGGGUGGUUGGUUUGAACUGUCUGUGUGGCAAUCAGCCAGUAAAUGGUCAUUUUCUGAUGUAUUGUAAGGAAGACAUUGUUUGAAAUUUUAAAAAGAUGAUAUAAUCCUGGCUUAUUCGAGGCAAGUUUCAAACCUCCAAAAGUGGAAUAACUGGAGCAUAUGCUAGCAGUACAUACAAUUUUGAAACGGAUAAGAUUAAUAUUUAUCUAAGGUAGCUGUUGUCCUGGUGGAGUGGUUGAUAUGAUAAAGUUCUUGACAUAAGAUACACUUUAUUGACUUGUCCUCUGCAUUUGACCCAUCCUAGUUACGUAGAAAGAGUGGGCAGCUACAGUGAAGUGCCCAUGGACCAACUCCAGAUCUUCCAGCCUUGGUCAAGGGCAAUGGCUGCAGUAUACCCAACCUGACACGCAUGCCUUUCGGUAAACUAGGGUAAACUAGUUUAAACCAAGCAAAGCCGGUGUUUAAAAAAAAAAAAACUGAUUACAGCCCCCCACUUCCAAAUUAACCAGAAACACACGUAAAAGUGUUUUAAUUUCCAGACUGUUUUAGCAUGCCCUUUUGUUAUUUCUGUGUGCCAAGCUUUCUGCUGAUAAAUAAAAUGCAAAUGUGGUAUUCGCAGCUGUACUAGUGCCUUUGGACAGAUCUCACAGUGGAAUGAGUUUACAGGUGUGAAAUGAGUUUACAGCUAUUAAACGGGUGUAUUGGUGAGGUACUGUUGUAAGACGGGCAGCGCUGUUGGGUCUCCAUUAUAGAUUCCCUGCUAUCCUCUCUCCUGCACAGUUUUUUUUUCUAUGGGAGAGUGAAACCUGAGACCGUUUGGUUGCUCAUUCUGCCAGUAAGGUGGAGUCUUUCUUUAUCAAAGUUAAUGUUUGGUCAAAUGCUCACAGACUGCUAGCAGACCUCUCUCUACAUUGCACUCCUGCAUGUCAUGCUGUGAGGGCGCGGAACGGGAGGGGCUGGAGAUGAAGUCCCUGAGCUCCAGGUGCGCCUUUUACUUGGGCUUCCUGGUGGGCACCUGCUCGCUCUACUUCUUCCUGCGGCAGGCGUGGUUCGAGAAGAGCUUCGCCCCGCCGCUCGACGUCGGCGCCACGCCGGAAGAGGUCGCCAGUGGCCAGAACUGGAAGGUGGAGCGAUCGGCCCUCAUCAACCUGAACCACCCGCACCAGACAGGUGAGGACAGCCGGUUGGCGGACGAGCUGUACCGCAAGGUUCGCAUCCUGUGCUGGGUGAUGACGGGCCCUGGGAACCUUCAGAAGAAGGCGCGGCACGUAAAGGCCACCUGGAGCCGCCACUGCAACCUGGUGGUGUUCAUGAGCUCGGUGGAUGACCCCGACUUCCCCACCGUGGGCCUGGGCACAGGCGAGGGCCGCGACCAGCUCUACUGGAAGACCAUCCACGCCUUCCACUACGUGCUGAAGAACCACGGCGACGAGGCCGACUGGUUCCUCAAGGCCGACGACGACACCUUCGUGGUGGUGGACAACCUGCGCUGGGUGCUGGCGAACCACACGCCCGAGGAGCCCGUGUACUUCGGCAAGCGCUUCAAGCCUUACGCCAAGCAGGGCUACAUGAGCGGCGGGGCGGGCUACGUGCUGAGCAAGGAGGCCCUCCGGAGGUUCGUGGAGGGCUUCCGCACCAAGGUGUGCACCCACACCACGCCCGUGGAGGACCUGGCGCUCGGCCAGUGCCUGGAGAAGAUGGGCGUCCUGGCGGGCGACUCGCGGGACACGCUCCACCGCGAGACCUUCCACCCCUUCGUCCCCGAGCACCACCUCACCGGAAAGUUCUCCAAGAGCUUCUGGUACUGGAACUACUGCUACUACCCCAUUGUAGAGGGUCCGCAGUGCUGCUCAGAUCUGGCCAUCUCCUUCCACUACGUGGAUGCGGAGCUCAUGUACGUACUGGAGUACUACACCUACCACCUGCGCGCCCGCGGCUACCACUACCGUUACUCGCCCCCGCUGCCAGAGGGCAUGGACAAGCCGCCCGACGCGGAGAAGGACGGGCUGGGGGCCCGGAAGGAGGGCGCGGAGGUGGCGGUGGCUGGCCAGGGCGAGGAGAAAACCAAGAUGGAGCCGGAGCAGGAAGGCCUGGUUAAGCAGACCUCGGAAAGAGACUCGGCCCGCAACCAGACUGAAGCUUCGCAGGCGAAACCCCAAUAACCUUUAUUAAAGCACGCGUGCAUGUGUUCAUGCCCGUGUGCGUUUGUGUGUGUGUGUGUGUGAGAGAGUGAGUGAGUCCAAGAGAGUGAGAGGGAGAGCGAGAGAGAUAUGGAGAGAGAGAGGUUGUACAAGUGUGCAUAUUAAUCCCUCCCUAUGUCAAUAGGUCCAUGUUUGCAUAGGUGGGAUGACUGGAGAAUUGAUGCAACCAAAAAAUAAAUAAAAAGAAAGUUAUUAAUGCCCUUUAUUCCAAGUUAUAGUCAUAUAUUAAAGUAAUUAAAGUCAAGGUAAUUGUCUGCAUGGGCACCAAAGUUAUAUUAGUAUCAUGUUUGGAAAAUAACUUGAGGGAAACAUAUAAGCUAGGUUUACUUUUGGAUUCCUCAUUUCUGUGUAUUAAAAAUACUGCAGUGUUUUGAGUAUCAUUACAUAUUGUUUGGUUAAAUGCAGUCAUAUGACUAAUAGCCCACUCGUACACCGUGAUUUGAUUCUUACGUGAAGAAUAUUUUAUAAAGUUUUUAAUACAAGAUCACAUUCUUUGGCGUGUUUAAGUAACUGAAAGGCGUAUUGUUGGGAAGACAUGAAAAGGUUUUUCAUUUGACAGAAGAGUAUAUUCUUUGAAGUUGUUUGGCUUUUUUUGUCUAUGAAUUCAGUAUUCACUGGCUAUUUCUGUUCUCUGUAGAGCUACCUGGAGGUGAAAACGAAUUGUUGAUCUUAUCCAAAAAGGGCCAGUGUGGGUGCAGGUUAUUUGUUUUAGCCCAGCACUAACACACCUGAUUUAACUAUUUAACUAAUCAUGGUCUUCAAUCAAGACCUUGUUAAGUAGAAUCAGGCGUCUUUGUGCUGGGUUAGAACAAAAACAUGCACCCACAUCGGCCCUUUUCAGAUAAUAUUGGACAUCUCUGGUUUAACCAGUCAUGCAGGUUUACGGCUCCAAUGAUGUACAGGAAACAGUCUGAUUUUUGAGAUGACGUGUUUUGUUUUUUCAGAAGAUGUCGUGGUUAAAAGUCAGUUACAAGAAAAACCAGGUUUCCUGUAACUGCCACUGGUUAGGCGCCUAAAUGGAAUGGAAUGGAAGUAAUGCAAUCUCGUGGAACGCCACUACAGUGAGCUUUUGUCUGAGCACAGUAUUCACAAGAAGGAAAUGAAAAGAGUUAAAUGAGGAAAUGGUGCUGGCGAUUCAGUAAUUCUCCCCGUCUGUCCAUGUGGAGGAAAGGACUAGUCAUUGGGCACAGUUACACCUGGCAUUAAAAACAGACAUCCUUAUCCACACAGCUGUGAAUGGAUUGUCAUCUGUUCGUUAGCAGUGUGUCUACACCUGGCAUUAACCCUUGUGUUCCUUUUCCUUUUUUGCACCUGUGAAACUGUUAGCCUGGGUCACAUAUAUACCCAAGACAUUAUUGGAAUUUUAAAGCAAUACAGAAAUAGAAUUUAUCCAAAAUGCUCAAUAUAUAUUACCUUUAUUUCAAUUGCAAACAAUAUAUAUGGUUAAUGGUUGCCAGUUACCCAUUUGUUAGAUUAGCAAUGAAGGUGACAUUUCUUGGGAUAAAGAUAAAAACAAAUAUGGAUCCACGAUAAGGCAUGGGGGAAUGACACGUGUCUAUCUGAAAAAGUAGAAAUGAAACAAUGUUUUCUGAUAUGGUUUAAACUGAUGUUCAAAAUUAUUUUUUAUCUUCAUAAUCAAGGAAACCAUAGACAUAAAGUCGUAAAGCAAAUGCAGGUGACCAACAACAAAUAGAAACACAAAACAAGAACCAAAUUCACAGUUUUAGUCAGUGGUUAUGGAAUGCAUCUCUCAAAAGUGUGAUUCCUCUUACUAAAAGUUUCAAGUGGGUCAGUUUGACCCAAACCAAACAGAAGUGUUAAAAUGCAUCCCACGUGUUCCCAGUGUCCGCAUUGGGAUUGGAUUUCCACUCUCCCUUGCCUUACUUAAAGUAGGCUGUAGUACCUAACCCGCUGUGCGUUGCUGUCGACUUCCACGCAGGGUUUAUUCAAACGAUGUCAUGCCCACAAGAAGUUUCACUCCUCUUUGCGACUUCUCAAUUUCCAUGCAGCCUAGGCCGUCUUCGAAGAUUGGCGCCGAUUGUACAGAGUUAUAGUGGCAGCUGUUCAGGGGCACAACUGUACAAAGGAGGAGUUCGGAAUGGUAGGAACAUGUAACGUGUAUCCUGAAUAUUUUCCAUGAAGGUGAUUGGCUAGCAAAUUUUCCAGAGGCAGCAUGCACUUGAUUUCAUGUGCGAUGCUUGGCCAGCCAAUCGCUGUCAAAAAGAGGCAGGCAUCUUCGCUCCACCGUCCCGGUCCAAAAGCCUGUGGCCGUGGCCUUGUGAUGGCUAGCCACUGGAGCUGGCUACAGAACGUGCCUGAGAAGCAUCAGUGUUUAGCCUGUAUUUGUACAUCACAUGUUGAAGCGCAGUUAAUAUUUAACGGGUUGAGCGGCUCUGGGAAAUUGGCUGGUUCUGAGUGCAGAUGGGGUUCUCUCCAGUGAGCGUGGUGGUCCCAUAAUCUCGUCAUUGCCCCAGAGGACAACCCAAGGCGAAAGAUUGAUCUGAUCAUGCUUGGAUUUAAAUGUGUCUUCUGUGCAUUUGCACCUGCCCUUUAACAUAAGAUCUCUUCAGUCGUAGCCACAGAUCCGGUCACGGAUGGAUUUUAAUGCCAGGUGUGACUGUGGCCAUAGUGUUCGCUUAUUGCCGUCAGAAAAAAGGCAUCGUUAGCCUACUGAAAAUCUGAAUGAGUGUUUUUUUUUGCCAUUUCUUUCAAAUGCUUGUGUAUAAAUGCUUGUGUGUAUGCGUAAAUGUAUGUUUCUCGUUUUCUUUAUUAAAAAUGAAAAUCUAAAGAA